UUGGUCUCUGGUGUAACCUACUCUGAGUACUUUCAGCAGUACAAGGAGAAGGUGAAUGGCUCUACAACAGAAUGGGCCAACCCAACAUAUGACGGAGUGUGGUCUCUUGCACUGGCUCUCAACAACUCCAUUCCUAGACUGAAUGAAAUUGGUCUGGAUCUGGUUGACUACACCUAUGGCCACCGAGAGGCCACUGACAUCAUACGGGAUGAGGUUCUCAAAUUGCAUUUCCAAGGAGCUUCUGGACAUAUAUCAUUCAGUCAAGACACUGGGUUCACUAGUGGCUCAAUUCCUCUUCAUCAGGUCAUGGACGGUACUAGUGUACCUAUCGGCAAUUAUAAAGAAGAAACAGAAGAGUUGGUGAUAUUUGGAGAUGGUGAAUUUGUUGAAGGUUCAUUUGAACUAACAGAACUCGUAAUACAUCCAGCCCUGGCAAGUCUGUUUUUGCUCAUCGCUUUUCUUGCAUUAGUGCUAAUCGUUAGCACACAUGUUGCGACUCUUGUUUUCUCGAGUUUUCCG